CCACUACGUUCUCAUUAGCAAAAAUAGCGACCACGAUUGUCAUUGGAAAUUAAAUGUAUUCAAAUAUAAUAAUAAUAAUAAUAAUAAUGUUUGCAUCAGCCCCCUUUUGCAGUCAAUUUUGUGUGGUCCGUUGAAAGCAAAGCGUCGGGACAUCCUCCCACGUCGCGCCUGUGCUGUUGUCCUCGCUCUUGCUGCGUGCAUCGUGAUCAGGCUGCAGAGAGUCUUGCGGAGGUCACCUUCUGUCACCGCAAGGGGAAAUACUGAAUCAUUUGCAGUCAAGGCUAGGCUGGACUCGGUGCAGCUCGGCAAGCAGCGUGUAUCUGUGUACGAAAAACCAAGUGCCGCUGCAGAGCACAGGUUUGGUUAAGAUAGACAAUUGCAACAUCCGCAGAAAUGUCUGGCUCCUACGAUGAAACUGCAGGUGUUGACGACACCAUGGACAGCUUCUGGGAGGUGGGGAACUACAAACGUGCCGUCAAGAGAUUUGACGACGGCCAUCGACUGUGCAAUGAUCUCAUGGGCUGCCUGCAGGAACGGGCCAAAAUAGAAAAAGCUUACGGGGAUCAGCUGACUGCCUGGUCCAAGAGAUGGAGACAGCUUAUUGAGAAAGGGCCACAGUACGGCUCAGUGGAGAGAGCCUGGUUGGCUGUAAUGACCGAGGCGGAGAAGGUAAGCGAGCUGCAUCAAGACGUCAAGAACAACUUGAUGAUUGAGGAUGUGGAGAAAGUCAAGAAUUGGCAGAAGGAGGCCUAUCACAAGCAAAUGAUUGGAGGCUUCAAAGAGGCAAAGGAGGCAGAGGAAGGAUUUAAGAAGGCACAGAAACCCUGGGCAAAAAAACUCAAGGAGAUGGAGACAGCGAAGAAAGCUUACCACAUGGCAUGCAAGGAGGAGAAGCUGGCUGCGACUCGAGAGGCUAACGGCAAGACUGAGGCUUCUGUCACACCGGACCAACAGAAGAAACUCCACGAGAAAGUGGACAAAUGCAAACAGGAUGUGCAGAAAGCUAAAGAAAAGUAUGAGAAGUCUCUGGAAGAGCUGAACAAGUGCGCACCGGCCUACAUGGAGUGCAUGGAGCAGGUGUUUGACCAGUGCCAGCAGCAUGAGGUGAAGAGGCUGACUUUCCUGAAGGAGGCCUUGCUGGACAUCAAACGCCACCUCAACCUCACAGAGAACCAAAGCUAUGCCACAAUAUACAGAGAAUUGGAACGUACCAUCCUGUCUGCGAACACACAAGAGGAUCUGAAGUGGUUCAGCAACAACCAUGGGCCCGGCAUGCACAUGAAUUGGCCCGCCUUCGAGGAAUACAACCCAGACCAGGCAAAUGCCCCUCCAAAGAAGAAGAAGCCAGAUGGAGCACCACCCACUCCUAGCACUGACCACGUGGCGCCCCCUGGUGACCGGAGCAGCGUGAGCAGCUAUGAAAAGAACCAAGCAUACUCAACCGAGUGGUCUGACGAUGAGCAGCCCGCAGCCAACUCUGGCAAUGAAAACGGUGGGAACGGAAACUCAUUCGAGGAGGAUUCUAGCACUGGGAAAGGUGUUCGAGUGCGAGCGCUCUAUGACUACGAUGGCCAAGAGCAGGAUGAACUCUCUUUCAAAGCAGGCGAUGAGCUGACCAAGACUGAGGAUGAAGACGAACAAGGCUGGUGUCGAGGUCGUCUGGACGGCGGGCGAGAGGGACUGUACCCGGCCAAUUAUGUUGAGCCGAUCUAGGCCAGUGGCCGGACAAAGAAAAGACAUGCUCCUGGAGGCAGCUUGAACAGCACCAUCAAAUUGCACCGCACAUAGCCAGAGACUUAAGAGCAACACAUUCCCUUGCCCAACAGAUGUGUGAAGCUGUCAUCGAAACUUAGUAAGCUAAAAGACAAAUAUUUUAUCCAGCUCUUGGGGUGGUUUGACUUCCACAUUUCAAAAUAAGAGAAUAUACACACUCAACUAUAGACCUUGACAGGAACACAUGGCUUCUCCGUGUUGUAUAUAAUGUACAAUGCAAGCUUAUUUCAACAGGCAGUCUGUUGUGGAAACGGAAGGCGAAUAUAAUCAGUUAUACCCAUUCGACAAAUACGAGCUUCUCGAACCUGCAUUGAGUAUGUACAGUGCGAUGCCAUUUUUAUGUAGCUUUUAUUUUUUAACGCUUUGUGUGGUCAGUCAUCAUUCUUACAUCAGGAAUGCUGUGUCGUGUUUCAAGUACCACAAACAGUACCCUCUUUUAUUUUUCAUUUUUGGUGAAGUAUUAUUUUAUCGUGCUAGUCCAACCCCUUUUGCGGUGUGUGCAGUGUUAUGUGUUGAACUGUUCCCGAGCGCGCAUAGCAGCAUGCGCUAUGCGACAACUCACAUUCCCUGGAUCGUCCCGCCUCGUCCGGGUCACGACCCAAUGCAACGCUACGACUUCCAAUGCACUUUGAAAGGAUCGCAUGCAUCACCAGAGGAAGCUUGCUGACAAUAUCCUCGAUUUUAUGUUUGUUUUGUCAUCAUGCGAUCCAUUGAAAAAAGUGACACGCCCCCACAGCAGCUUUCAUUCUAAAAGCAUGUCUACUAACUAACCACUGCUGUCAGUGACCAAGCAAAGCCGGAUCGGCGCAUCCUUUUUGCGACGAGUACUGCAGUAUGAGAGGGGUUUCGAACAAUGGCCAUGCCAGCAUUUUUGUUUCUUCCAGGAAGGGGUCAAUGGGGGCAUGCUGAGCCCCAUAGCACUGUGUGAAGACCAAGCCUCUUCAACAGGACAUGAAUGUACUAGUGUUCAGGCAUGAAGAAGCCAUGCUGUCACAGUUCUUCACUGUCGGAAAGCCCUAACUAGUCAUGCUGAGCCAAAGAAAGACACGCUACCAUCAACUGCGUUUUCCCUCCAUGCUAUAAUCUUCACAUAUCAUGUGACUCGAUUUGUAGCUGCCUCCCAGUCCACCAAAGCUUUAUUUGUCAAUAACACGGGGAAUCAUCAUCAAUACACUGCACGUACAUACAAUGCUCGCAAUGUAUUGUGGACUGAUUUCCAUUUUAUGUCUCAGAAGUUUCAACCAUAUCUUCAUUUGCGUUCAGCAAAUCGAUGUGUGUGUUACUCUCAAAUUUGUUUAAGUGGUUACUGCAUGAGCGAUAUCCUUUUAGAAGCGCUGGAGUUUUGGACCGAGAUGUGUUGAGCUCUCCCCGGGACAUGAUUCGACAGCUUUAGGUAUCGCAGUGAGGAGAAAAACAUCACCAGCUCACAAGUUGUGUCUUACGAGUCGAGUUGUCCAGCAAAGCAAAAAGGACUUGUAUCAUCCGUGGUCCACGCACACACAACAACAAAUGCAUCAGCCACAAAAAGUAACUGCAUUGCCAUUUUGAGGGAGACAUCAUUCCGUAUGUACGCGUUGUGUAGAAAACGUUCAAAGAAAAAAAAACAUGCAAGUGAUUGACUACUAAGACAAAAUGUAGUGUUAUAUAUGUAAAUGUGUUUCAUUCAAAUAACAGCAAUGAAAUAUAAAGUAAUAGGCACCAUAUCGUAUGAAUUUCAUGGCGAUGGUUAAGUGUAUCAUAAAAGAGUUACACCCCAAGCUGUCAGAUUUGUAAAUGAAGAUGUAAUUUAAAGAUUAUCUAUUGUAACUGUACAACUGUGUUGAGUUGAAAAUGAGACCUAACCAUGUUGGGGCAGUAAAAAUGUGUAAGUGUGUAAAUGCUCUUUCUUUCUUUCUUUUUUUUUUUUUAAAUGUUGAUCUCUUCCUUAUGCACACAGGGGACCACAGCUCAUGACGUGGAAACCUGAUAUUAGGUCUAGGUGAUGUAUGUUCAUAGUUAGUGAUGUACUUUUAUCUCCUAACUGGUGUAGUGCCUGUUCAUCUGGAUGUAACAAGACGUUCAUUUAAAUAUGCAUAAAGAUGAUUAUGAUCACAGAUAAAAUCGACGAUAGUGAUGAAAAAAAUCUCAAUCAAAUUUGUUGUGAUGAUGUCAAUAUUACGAUAUUGGUAUGAAAGGGAAACAAGUUUGUUUGAAAAA